UUGUGGUUUCGCAUCAACAACUUUCUGGGCAAUUGUGUUCUCUCUCUAAAGACUUUUUCUCUCUCUAGAUUUUGUAAGCUUUCAGCGAUGGAGAUGGAACGCGUUACCGAGUUUCCGUUGACUCAUCACCUGGACCGGCGGCCAAGAAAGAGGGCGCGUCUGGGCUGGGAUGUCCUUCCUGUUGAACCGCCUAAGGCUCAGCUAGGAUUGUUUUGUGGACAAGAGGUUGGGAAUGUGACAAGCUACGCACCUUCAAGGCAACUCACAGACCUUACUUGCACACCCUUUAUUAAGGGAGUGACUCAAAAUGGUUCUCCCCCUUGGAGAGAAGAUGACAAAGAUGGCCAUUUUGUUUUUGAGCUGGGAGAAAAUUUAACAUCACGCUAUAAAAUUCACAGUAAGAUGGGUGAAGGUACUUUCGGUCAGGUCUUAGAAUGCUGGGAUCGUGAGAGGAAAGAAAUGGUGGCUAUUAAAAUUGUUAGGGGCAUGAAGAAGUAUCGUGAUGCUGCAAUGAUUGAGGUUGAAAUGCUUCAACAGCUUGGUAAACAUGACAAAGGGGGCAAUCGUUGUGUACAAAUACGGAACUGGUUUGACUAUCGUAAUCAUAUCUGUAUUGUCUUUGAGAAGCUUGGACCAAGCUUAUACGAUUUCCUUCGGAAAAACAAUUACCGCUCAUUUCCCAUUGAUCUUGUCCGUGAGAUUGGAAGACAACUGUUGGAAUGUAUAGCAUUUAUGCAUGAUUUGCGCCUGAUCCAUACUGACUUGAAGCCUGAGAACAUUCUUCUCAACUCCUCAGAAUAUGUAAAGGUUCCUGACUACAAGGUUUCUUCAAGGUCACCAAAAGAUGGUUCUUACUAUAAAAGAAUUCCAAAAUCAAGUGCUAUAAAGGUAAUAGAUUUUGGUAGCACGACUUACGAUCGUCAGAAUCAGACGUAUAUAGUAUCAACUCGUCAUUACCGUGCACCCGAAGUUAUUCUAGGGCUUGGAUGGUCAUACCCAUGUGAUAUAUGGAGUGUUGGGUGUAUCCUAGUGGAGCUAUGUUCGGGAGAAGCAUUGUUUCAAACACAUGAGAAUUUAGAACACCUUGCUAUGAUGGAGAAGGUAUUGGGUCCCCUGCCUCAGCACAUGCUGAAAAGAGUGGAUCGGCAAGCUGAAAAGUAUGUUAGAAGAGGGCGUUUAGACUGGCCCGAAGGAGCAACAUCUCGUGACAGUAUCAAAGCUGUGUUAAAGUUGGCCCGCCUUCAGAACAUUAUCAUGCAGCAUGUGGAUCAUUCUGCUGGAGAUCUUAUUAAUCUAUUGCAAGGACUUCUUAGGUAUGAUCCUUCAGAAAGAUUGACUGCUCGUGAAGCCUUGCGGCAUCCAUUCUUCACCCGUGAUCAUCUUAGGAGGUAGAAGAUUUUCCCUUUGCAUGAUGGUAGCUCCAAACAUGAAUGCUAUUGCUGUGUGAGGCUUGAAGUAGAGCAUGCUCUGUUGGUUCAGCUCAGUCUACACAAUCUCGCAAUGUAAAGAGCUCCAAAUUUACUGGGUUCUUACGGGGUUUUGUAUACUAGUCAUGGUGAUGGUGGAAGUCAUGCCUGUGUAUAUAAUAUUUAACCCUUGAUUAACUAACAAAAUGUAAUUAGAUUUGAGCAUUGCUUCUAAUUUCAGCUGUUGUGAGAGCACCGCUUGCUAAAAGUUAUUGAUUUUUUCUUCUUCUAUGCAAUCUGUUUGCUCUUUAAA